ACGAGGACUUUAAACUUCAUCUUCGCCGGUGCGGCCAUCUUCUCUGACUGACGCUGAUGCUCAUCGUUUAAACGUUAAACUUUCAGGUUGUUUCUGUACUUUUUGCAACACAUAUAUAGAUCAUCAAGUGGGAACAAUGACAAACUCAACAGCAGAUGACAGACUCAGUAGGUUGCCGAACGGCCUCAUCGAUCAUAUCCUUUCUUUCAUGGACAUGAAAUAUGUAGUCCAGACCAGUGUUUUGUCUAACAGAUGGACCGAUGUGUGGAAAAAUAUCCCCACUCUGAAGUUCAACUCGUAUAAAUUCCUCACUCGUGGAAAUGACGAUAGGCGGAUUCAGGUCGAGAGCUUUGCAAAUUUCAUUAAUGAGGUAUUUAUUCUUAGAGGUGAUUCGUCCAUACACAAGUUUCAACUAGAUUGGAAUGAGGAAAGAAGUGGUACACAUGAAAUUCUUCCACUUUCGAAACUUUUGAAUACAUGGAUCAUUGCUGCUGUUAGGCUUCAUGUUCACCACUUAUCGAUCAAAAUCAAUUAUACUAAUGCUAGUAUGACAACACUAAGGCUUCCUCAUUGUCUCCUCAAAAUUGGUCUUAAGUCUUCAGCGGGAUUAUACAGAGAUUAGUCUUCCCAAUUCAAUGAGCUUACCGCGGCUCGAAUUUUUAUCGCUUACUAGGUUUUAUGUUGGAGAUGUAAACUUACUUAAUGAGCUAAUCUCGAGCUGUCCAGUUCUUGAAUCACUUAUGUUGGCAGAUAUUUUUGUGGGCAUGGGCGAUCAUGUGAAUCUCAAUAUUGAGUCUCGUAGUCUGAAGCACUUUUAUGUGCACAGCAGGGGUCAUGGUAUACACCAUCCACGCCAUAAUAUGGCAAACAUGAUCAAAUUAUCCACUCCAAAUCUCACAUCUCUGAUUUGCCAUGAUAACAUGAUACAAGAGUAUUUGCUAGAGAACCUUUCUUCUCUUGUCACUGCUAAAAUUAAGAUGAUAGGGAUUUUGAUUAUGCAUACGAAUUAAGAUAUUUGGAGCGCUCUGAAGAAGAGAAGGAAGAAUUGUAUCCCAAGCGUAUGAUGAAAAUGCUUAGAGCACUUCAUAACGUGGAAAAGUUGACAGUAUCAGCCAGUUUCGUUCAGAUUCUCUCAAAGGCGCCGGAUUUAACACCGUGUCACCCCCUUCAAUUUCGUAAUCUACAAUGGUUGAAGAUGACAACCUGUCUUACAAGAGGCUGCUUGGCUGCAAUAACAUACUUACUCAAGAUCUCUCCUAAUCUAGAAUCUCUAAUUCUUAUGUCGAAGGAGAGAAGAAUAACAGAUGUUGACGAUGACUGGGAAGCAAGAUUGUCGUUGCCGUGCACUUUGUCCCACCUCAAGUUUGUUAAGAUUAAAUCACUCCAAGGAUGCGAUAAUGAAUUCAAGUUUGUGGAGUUUCGGUGGAAGAAUGGUGUGGUGUUGGAGGAAAUGGUUUUGUGGUUCAGCGAUUUUCCAAGAAAAUUUAGCUCCCCUGAACAAGCAGACAUAGCGAAGAAGUUCAGUAAGAAGCUAAGAGCAGUUCCAAGAGCUUCUUAAAAUCUGAAAACUACUAUGAAUGUUGGUAUUACUCGUUGGAUAGGCCAAGAAGUGAAGUAGGUGUGUUUCUGAAGCUAUCAAAGGUGAUAGGUUUUAUGGAUUUCGUAAGUAGGGAACUCAUGCUUCGUGACAAUUCUGAUAUUCAAACUCUUUCUGUGUCUUGGCUUGAUUACCUACUUGUUUAUGGGUGAAAACUAUCUGCCGGUUUUGGUAAUUUGGGGUGUGUGG